AUGUCCAACGUCAACAGCCAUCUUAAAAACUGGAACAUCGUUACUUCUGCCGCUGUCGUCACUGAUCAGAUGAACAACUCACCAACCACUACUCUGUUGGUCUACUACUUUGGCACUGAUGACUGUAUUGGAUGCCAACAGAUCCAUGGCUUCUUGGAGACACUCCCAGCUCAAUUCCCAAAUGCCAUCUUCAACAUGGUUGCCAUGCCAAGUGAUGCCCGUACCAACAACCUCUGGAUGUCAUUCCCAAAUCUCUUCCCAUGUGUCGUCCUAUUCAAGAACUUCAAGGUUACCCAGAAGCAGCUUGCUUUCAUCAAUGGUGCCAACCCAGGUGGAAUAACCAACAUGAUCCAGUCCCACUACUAA